GUAAGCAUAUACCUUGAAGGCUUUGAACCCCCAUGGACUCUCGUAGUAACUGCUUUGCUUCCUCGUCUACCUCCGUAUUCCUCCGCCAACAGAAACACUCAACCGUCUGUCUCAGACAGUACUCCCACCCAUCAUGCCUCCUCCACACACAACCAAGCUGAAGCUCCCGCACCAGCUACACCAACUCCGCACCUUCGUGGACGCCAAAAUCAAAUGGGUCCGAGACCCAUACCUCGAUUUCGCUGUGGAGCGAGAGAAAGACCUGAAACAAGCCAUCUCCCUCAAGAACCACAUCCUUUCCACCCCUUCCAACUCUCUCCCUCUCUCCACCGCCUCUCUACUCAAACCCCAUCUCCACCUCCCCUCCUCCACCUCCACCUCCAAAUUCUCCCUCAAAUACCCCUCCAUUUUCACCCAAUUCAACCCCAGUCCCCACCUCCCUCCCCUCCUCACUCUCACCCCUCAAGCCCUUGCCCUCCACAAAGAAGAGUCCGCCAUUCACGCCUCAACUUCUCACCGAAACGACGCUGUUCGCCGCCUCUCCAAGCUCCUAAUGCUCACCGGAGCCUCCAGAUUGCCUUUAUAUGUGAUAGAGAGGUUGAAAUGGGACAUGGGUCUUCCCCACAACUACUUUCUGACACUUCUCGCCGAUUUUCCCGACUAUUUCCAGCUUUGCGAGAUGAGAGACGAGUUGGGUGGCGAACAAGUGCUUGCCUUGGAGCUUGUUUCGUGGAGAAAGGAGCUGGCUGUGUCGGAAUUGGAGAGAAGGGCGUGGAAUGGCGGUGACUUUGGACACAAGAGAUGGGUGCGCAUUGCGUUCCCCAUGUGUUUGACGAAAGGUUUUGAGUUGGAGAAAAAGGUGAGGAAUUGGGUUGAGCAGUGGCAAGAUUUGCCGUACAUUUCUCCCUACGAGAACGCAUUUCAUUUGCCCCCCAAUAGCGAUCAGGCGGAGAAGUGGGCGGUGGCGGUGCUUCACGAGUUGCUGUGGUUGACGGUGUCGAAGAAGACAGAGAGGGACAAUGUGUUUUGUUUGGGGGAGUACUUGGGGUUUGGGGGGAGGUUUAAGAAGGCUUUGGUUCAUCAUCCGGGUAUUUUUUACUUGUCGAAUAAAAUCAGGACGCAGACUGUGGUGCUUAGGGAGGCUUAUAGGAAGGAUUUCUUGGUUGAGAAGCACCCAUUGAUGGGUAUGAGGCAUCGGUAUAUUCAUCUUAUGAAUAAGGUGCAGAAACGGGGAAAGCAGGCUGCUGCUUUAUCGACCAAUGGUAAUGGUAGAAAGAAAAAAGGAAAUGUGAGUGAUAUGAUCAAUAGAGGAUGAU